AUGACAGUGGAAACCAAACCCAGCAACGUCAGUGACUCAAACCAGGAGGCAGAACCUGACCAGCUUCUGGAUGAUGAAGGAAACAAAAACCCACCAGUCAAAAAGACUUCCUCUUGCACUGGAUUGAAGGUGUUUCUGGCUGCUCUGUCCUUCAGCUACUUCAGUAAAGCCCUGUCUGGUACGAUAAUGAAGAGCUCCAUCACUCAGAUUGAGAGAAGGUUUGACCUGACCUCCUCUAUCGCAGGGCUCAUCGACGGGAGCUUCGAGAUGGGGAACUUGCUGGUGAUUGCAUUUGUAAGUUAUUUUGGAGCUAAGCUGCAUAGGCCCAGAGUAAUAGCUGCGGGAUGCUUUACUAUGGCUUUGGGAUGCUUUUUGUCAGCCAUGCCUCAUUUCUUCACGGGAUACUACAAGUAUGAGACAACAUCACGCACAGUUGCUUCAGCCAACUUAAAUUUCAGCAUAAAUCCCUGCUCCAUACAUCAAGAUGUGAAUGACACUGUCCUGGAAGUCUCACGAGCAGGCUGUGAGAAGGAGCCAUCAUCAUAUAUGUGGAUAUACAUCUUGCUGGGAAACAUGCUGCGUGGGAUUGGUGAGACACCAAUAACGCCCCUGGGCAUCUCCUAUCUCGACGACUUUGCCAAAGAAGAGAACGUUCCCGUGUAUGUAGCCUGCUUGCACACCAUAGCCAUGAUGGGCCCCAUGCUUGGUUUCCUGCUGGGAUCUCUGUGUGCAAGGCUCUACGUGGAUAUUGGAUUCGUGGAUCCAGGGAGCAUCACCAUCACGCCACAGGACUCCCGCUGGGUGGGUGCAUGGUGGCUUGGCUUUUUAAUAGGUGGAGCAGCCAGUUUCCUGUCUGCUAUUCCAUUCUGCUUCCUGCCAAAGAGUCUGAAAAAGCCAGAGGAAGCCAAGAAGGACAAAAGUUCACAUGGGCUCUUGGAAAACAUGGGUGCUGCGGGGAAUAAACUUUCUCCUGAAAAAACUAAGCCAAGGAAGUGGUCAGUGAUGCUGAAAGAUUUCUAUAACUCCCUGAAAAAGGUAUUGGGUAAUCCAAUGUACUUUACAUUUUUGUGUUGCUCACUGUUACAGUUCAACAGUUUUAUUGGUAUUGUGACUUACAAAGCAAAGUACAUGGAACAGCAGUAUGGACAAUCUACAUCUAAAUCCAACUUCCUAAUAGGAGUGACAUCCUUUCCUCCUGUACUUCUUGGAAUUUUCCUAGGAGGGCUUAUAAUGAAAAAGUAUAAGAUGGGCGUCAUUGCAGCGACAAAGUUUUCAUUCACCAUGUCAUUUUUGUCCUAUGCCGUCAGCUUGUUACGCUUUUUUGUUGGCUGUGAUAACCACGUGGUGGCAGGAAUGACAGUGUCCUAUGAAGGCAACCCCAUUCCAUACCACAACAAUUCCCUAUUUUCGGAAUGCAACUCUCACUGCAAAUGUGCCUCCAACGUGUGGGACCCUGUGUGUGGAGCCAAUGGGAUCACCUAUGUUUCUGCAUGUCUGGCUGGGUGUGGGACUUCCGUGGGACAUGGAAAGAACACAGUCUUCCAUAAUUGCAGAUGUCUUGAAAUCAACAGUUCAUGGACAGGAAACAAUUCUGCCACCUUGGGGCAAUGUCCAAAAAGUGAUGAUUGCUCGAGGAAUUUCAUUUAUUACACAGUAAUACGAGUCAUAGGUGGAUUUUUCUAUGCCCUGGGAGCCACUCCUUCAUACAUGCUUACAUUCAGAUGUGUCCAGCCAGAGCUCAAAGCUCUCGCGGUGGGUCUCUUCACGCUCAUUAUGAGAAUGCUGGCUGGGAUUCCAGCUCCGGUUUAUUUCGGCGCAGCCAUCGACAGGACGUGCCUCAAGUGGGGCAGCACCAGCUGUGGGAAGAGAGGGGCUUGCAGGCUCUAUGACUCCAAUGCAAACAGGUAUGUCUUCCUUGGUUUAGGAACAAUUUUAGUAGCUCCUUCCUUCUUGGUUGGAAUAAUUUUUUAUACAUUGGUAAAGAAACACUUUCAAAAUAAGAACUCCAGCUCUCUAGAGAAUGGACAAGAAGAUGCUGCUAUGAAUAAAGAAGACAAUUGCAAGAUCAAAGAACAUUUGCCAGGUUCUGACGCAGAGAAUGAAUCCUCUAUUUAG